AGGUAUUUUUGAAAAAGAGCGGGCGUUUUUCAAGGAGAAAGAGAGAGGGACGACUCUGUAGGACAUGGCUACGGCUACGGAGAGAAAGUUCACUAACCUGAGGAAGCGACUGGACCAACUAGGCUACCGGCAGAGCCUGGGGGUGGAGUCUCUACCCCUGGUAGAGAAGCUCUUUGGCGACCUCCUGCAAACGACAGAGAGUCUCAAGAGCGCCAAACAGCAGCUGGGUAGGCAGCAGGAACAGAAAACAGUCUGGGAACAGCAGGUGGAACCAUACCGUGCCGACAAUGCCAGAGUGGUGCAAGAGAAUACCAAACUGCACCAGCAGCUCCUGAGACUAAAAGAGAGCGCAGAGUCCCGCAUGCGGGACCUCAAAACUGUUCUCCGUCGGCUGGAACACGAGAAUGCGGACCUAAAGUUCCUCAACACGCAGUACGUGACGAAGAUGAGGAGUCUGGAGCGAGAGUCGGAGACCAAGAGCGAGCGGCUCCUGGCGCUCCACCAGAAGAGCUGCGAGGCUGUCAUCAGGACACCAGGGGGGAAGAAGAGACAGGUUCCUCUGAGAAGACAGAGAAUGGAGGUCGACUCACUACUUCACCCUUCUUCUGCCACACACAUGGAUGGAGGGAGUGAAAAGCCGGCAAGAAGACACUCUCCUGAUCCCUAUGUUGCUGACCUUCUCCAGGUGGCAGACAAGAGGAUAGCUCAGCUCCAGGUCAGUCUGGAGACGGCUGACAGAGAGAAAGAAGAGCUGCAGCAGGUCUUACAGGGACUGAGGCAACAGGUUGAGAACAGAGAGUCAGAGAUAGAGAGACUGGCCGGGAUGCUGAAAGGAGGAAGACCACCAGAGGCUCUGGCAGUCGAGGGAGCUAGGGCCUCCAAUGAGAGAAUGGUUGCACACCUCAACAUACAGGUUGACUUCCUCCAGCAAGCCAACCAGGAGCUGGAAUCGAAACUGAAAGAUGCCGAGUCAGCCAACGGAGACCUGCAGGGACGAGUUCAGGAGCUGAGUGGGAAGAACGCGAAAAUCUGUGAGGAGCUAAGUGAAAUUGGGGAACUCGUGAAGCAGCUGGAAGCAGAGAGAGAGGGAGGCGAGGAGAAGUACAAGGAGAAGAUAGCCGAACUGGAGGCCAGAGCAGAGGGACUGGAAGAAGAGAAGCAAGAGCUUGCCUCGAAGCUGGAGGAGAUGAGGAGAGUUCGCGAAGAGGUCACCACAGACAACAGGAGACUGGCAGAGAUCGUAGUGGUGAUGGAGGGAGAGGGAGAAGAGGCAGCUGCCAUGCUGGAGAGCCUGAGGAGAGAGAGGAAGGAACUGAGGAGAGAGUGUGUACAGCUCAGGGAGAGAGAGUCAUCCCUGCAGAGACGAGUGAGUGACUUGGAGAGGUCGGGGGGACAGAAUUUCCCUGGGGGGUCGGUGAGUCAGGGGGAGGUGAGGAGAAUUUGCAGAGAGAGGGACCAGUUGAAGGAGGCCACCAGUCAGAUGGAGGCUGAGCUGAUUCAGAUCCAGAGCGAUGCAAAAUCUCUAGCCAAUGACAGAGACAACUUUAAACUUCUCUAUGAACAGGUGCAGGAGGAGGUUCGAAGGCUAAGACUGGAGCCCCAUGGAGCACAGGGAUCAACCACUCUGGUACAGAGACUGGAGAGAGAGAGGGACGAUGCUCAGAGGGAGCUGAGAAAGGGGUGUAGAGAAGUCAAGACCCUAAGAGAACGUCUCAACAUGCCCAGAGCAGCAAGACUCCUCCUCACACACACACUACAGAUAGUGCCACUCAAGAAGACAGACUGGCUGACCUGCAGCACCAACUUGAAGAGGUGUGCAGAGAGAGAGACGAGCUGCAGGAGAAGGUGUCGGCUCAGAGCCACGCCAUCCUCUCCCUCCAGCAGGAGGCGGAGUCUUCCAGCCAGGCCCUCUCCGUUGCCGGGGCCGACGCCACCCGGCUGAGGUCAAAGGUUGCACAGCUGCAAGGGAUGCUUGAUGCAGGUAAUGUUUCACGCACCCAAUGAAAAAUUUUUUAACUGUACAAUGGAAAUCCUAGUUAGAUUAUACUUCAGUAUUACUUCAGUAUAGAGUGUAAGUUUGAUAGUGCAGUGUGUAUGUGUACAUGUGUACUGUACCGCCCACCACCAGGGGAGAGGGGCAGGGAACAGAUUGAGAGAGAGAGAAGAAAGGAGGCCAAGAAAGUCGAGAAGUCACAUUCCGUUCUCUCACAAUCGGCCAACAGAAUAGCUGAGUUGGAGAGAGAGGUGGAGAGGAGAGAGGGGAGGGUGAGGGAGUUGAGGGAGGCUCUCUCGUCUCUGGAUCAGGAACACGACUCCCUCCGCAGGGAGACGGACGGAAAAGAUGAAACCAUCCAGCAACUGCAGGAGCAACUGACUGAGAAAGAGGCAGCAGCCUCAGAACUGAGAGAUUCGAUCGAAAGACUUCGUUCUGAGUUGUCGCGGCAGCAGUCACGUGAUGCGUCAAGAAACAGGGAGUUUGUGAGUCUCCAGAGGCAACUGGAGGAGUGCAGGGGAGACCUGGCCUCGGUCGUGGAGGAGAGGGAGAGGAGAGGGCAGGAGGGGAAGCAGCUACGAGAGGAGCUGGAGCUGAUGGUGAGAGAAAACCAGGCUGUACACGAGGAGCUGCGUCGAGCCCUCACAGAAAAAGAGGCUCUAUCGCGGAGGGUUGAGGAGUCUGCGAGAAACAUGCUUCAGUAUCAGGAGAUGGUGGCGAGCAAGGAGCAGGAGACGGCGGAUCUCGUCCAGUCUUAUCAGGCACUUUCAGACGACGUGGAGCAACUGCAGAGCAGUUCGCGAUAUAACCUCGGGGAAAUUGCGACAGCAAGAGCCGAGGUUGCAGCGCUGACUCAGACUAAGGAACAGUUGGAGGGUGUGAUCGAACAACAGGCAGUGGAGAUCCAACAACACUUGCACUCGAUGUCACUAAUGGAGCAGCAGAUUUCAUCUCUCACACUGGCUCUAGCUAAAAUGGAGGCCGCACUGCGACAAGAAGUGGAGGAGAAGAAGGCACUCAGAUCAGAUAUCACCGCAACUCGGGAGCUGUGCGUGCAACUCGACAAGACAAAGGAAUCUCUAACACGACAGCUCGCCUCACAAGGCAUUGGGUUGGAGCAACAACAAGCACAGUUGGAAGACUUGAAAUCCGAGAGAGAGCUCCUGAAACAACAGCUGGUCUCCGAGAGAAGCACGAACGAGAGUUUGCAGGUCCUGCUGUCGGGGGAGAGGAGAAAGGAGUUCCAUAUCGCACAGAGUGGGCAGGAGAAAGAGCUGGAGAUUCAGCACCUCCGUAGACAGUUGGCCAGGCUCGAAGCUGACAGGUUGUCUCUACAGGAGCAACUUCGUUCCGUCCACUCCCAACUUGCCUCUCAGGGAGAGGAGCUGCAGAGGGUUAAAAUUGAGUUGGGGACAGAGAAAUUCCAGAAGUGAGUAGUUUAUAUUCCAGGACAAUCCUUUGUCAGCUAGCUUCAAUCACUGCCACCAUCCCAGGGGCUUACCCCUUCUACUCACUUAUAUACUCGUGUCUCCUACAGAGAGAAGCUGAUCCAGCAAGCAAGAGGGUCCUCCCCGGCCCACUUCACCAGCUACAAGACAACGUCCACUCUGGUGACUGUGGGACAAAAACAGGACCGUCCCAUCGGGAGACGGGCCACCAACAGUCCAGGUGGUGACGAGUUGUUUACUAAAGAGAGAGACAGCUUGGCCAGCGAAAGUGAAAAAUUGGUUGGUGAGCUGAUGAAGAGCCCUCCCCCUCACUCCUCCCCUAACUCACACUCAUCAUCAUCACACCCUCCCCCAUCACACACCUUCCAAUCUCCGCCCACCUCCUUGUAAAACAAUGCUGCAUUAAUUUACUAGGCGCAUAUCUGCGCGUAAUCUGCACACGA